AUGAAUGAGGGUCGUUCUGCUCUCCUCAGAAGGUGCCACCUCGCCUUGUCUAAGGCCGACACCCUCGGCUCUGUUCCUGCCAGAGCUGCUCUCUCUGUGGACACAGAAGAUGACGGGGCCGCUCAGCCCGGGGGCGAUGCAGCGUUCAGCCCGUCUGAGCUCUCACACCUGUUUGAGAAUGAGGAUGGCUUCCCGUCAACCCAGGACACGAGUCAGGAUUCAGGGCCGGAGCUGGUUCAGCCCGGCCAGCAAGCGGACGGCAGACAGAACCUGCGGAUGAAGUUCCAGGGUGCUUUCAAGAAGGGCAUUUCCACCCCGAUGGACCUAUUUGAAUCCACCAUGUAUGAAUCAAAUGUGGUUCCAGGCCCCAAGAAAGCACCCAUGGACUCGCUCUUUGACUAUGGUACCUACAGGAACGCCAGCAACCAGAAGCGACGCAGGAAGAAGCUCCCAAGAGGUAAAACUGAGCCGGAGUCCUGUGAUGAGGGUCAAAGCUCGGACCCACCAAAAGUAAUGAAAAUGUUCAACCGCUCUCUCCUCUUUGAAGGCGUGUCACAUGCAGACCCAGAGGCCCUCGAGGGCCUGUUGGAGUACCUGCAAAUUCACGAAAAGAGGUUAACUGAUGAGGAGUUCAAAGAGCUGUCCACGGGUAAGACAUGUCUGCCUAAAGCCCUGUUGAACCUUUAUGGAAGGCAGAACGUCACCAUCCCACUGCUGAUAGACAUAGCAGAGAAGACCGGGAACCUCAGAGAGUUCAUUAAUACGCCCUUCAGGGACGUCUACUACAGAGGCCAGACAGCUCUCCACAUUGCUAUUGAGCGACGCUGUAAGCACUAUGUGGAGCUGCUGGUGGAGAAAGGAGCUGAUGUUCACGCCCAGGCGAGGGGACGCUUCUUCCAGCCCAGAGACGAGGGGGGCUACUUCUACUUUGGUGAGUUGCCUCUCUCCCUGGCUGCAUGCACUAACCAGCCUGACAUAGUGCACUACCUGACUGAGAAUCCACACAAGAAGGCCGACCUGCGGCGCCAGGAUUCACGUGGAAACACGGUGCUGCACGCCCUAGUGCACAUUGCGGACAACACUAAGGACAACACACGUUUCCUCACAAAGAUGUACGACCUGCUGCUAAUCAAAAGUGCCAAGCUUUACCCAGACUGCAGCCUGGAGAAGGUGUUUAACAAUGAUGGCAUGUCACCCCUCAUGAUGGCCGCCAAGCUGGGCAAGAUUGGGGUUUUUCAGCACAUUAUCCGGCGUGAGAUCAAAGAUGAGGAAGUUCGUCAUCUGUCACGUAAGUUUAAGGACUGGGCGUAUGGGCCAGUGUACUCCUCCCUAUAUGACCUGUCUUCACUCGAUACGUGUGGAGAGGAACCGUCUGUGCUGGAAAUCCUGGUCUACAACAGCCGCAAUGAGAACCGCCAUGAGAUGCUUGCGGUGGAGCCUAUCAAUGAGCUGUUGAGGGCCAAAUGGCAGAAGUUUGCUGCUGUCACCUUUUACAUCAGUGUGGUUUCCUACCUUGUCACCAUGAUCAUCUUCACCCUAGUGGCCUAUUACCGCCCAACGCAGGAAACGCCUCCGUACUCUUACAUCACAUCCUCUGACUACCUGCGCAUGGCGGGAGAAAUCAUCACCUUAGCAUCAGGAAUCUUCUUCUUCCUCACCAAUAUUAAGGACCUCUUCUUGAAGAAGUGGCCUGGGGUUAAGUCUUUAUUUAUUGAUGGAUCCUUUCAACUGCUGUACUUCAUCUACUCUGUGCUGAUUGUAGUCACAGCUGCUCUCUACCUGUCUGGCAUUAAGGCCUAUGUGGCUGUUAUGGUGUUUGCACUUGUCCUGGGCUGGAUGAACACUCUUUACUUCACCAGAGGCCUAAAGCUCACCGGCACCUACAGUAUCAUGAUACAGAAGAUUCUUUUCAAAGACCUUUUCAGAUUUCUGCUGGUGUACGUGCUCUUCAUGAUUGGAUAUGCAUCAGCCCUGGUGUCCCUGCUGACAGUUUGUCCUCCACCGGGCACAAUGUGUGAAGGGGGCUGUCCCACAUACCCUAACUGCAGGGACCAAGACACCUUCAGUACUUUCCUGCUGGACCUCUUUAAGCUGAGCAUUGGGAUGGGAGACAUGGAGAUGAUCCACAGUGCACAGUAUCCUGAAGUCUUCCUCAUCUUGUUGGUUACCUACAUCAUCCUCACCUUUGUCCUGCUGCUGAACAUGUUGAUCGCUUUGAUGGGGCAGACGGUGGGACAGGUGUCGAAGGAGAGCAAGAAGAUCUGGAAGCUUCAGUGGGCAACGACCAUCUUGGACAUCGAGCGCUCUUUCCCAGUCUGCCUUCGGAAGUCUUUUCGAGCCGGGGAGAUGGUGACUGUGGGGAAGAGCUGGGAUGGCACACCUGACCGACGCUGGUGCUUCAGGGUGGAUGAGGUGAACUGGUGCCACUGGAAUCAGAACCUGGCAAUAAUCAACGAGGAUCCAGGAAAGAAUGAGACAUGCCAAGCCAACGGGUUGCAGCAGAGCGUCAAAGCCUUGCGGAGAGAUCGCUGGUCCACAGUGGUUCCGCGGGUGGUGGAGAUGAAUAAGAGUCCGCGGCCUCGUGAUCUGGUAAUAGAGAUGGAGACGCAGACGGCCAGGAACUGACUCCUGCCAAAGAUUAGUGCUGUCCUUCUUAUAAAAAGACAGCAGAGAACCAUCAGCACAGUAAGCUCACUAUGCAGGCGACGAUUCAACCAAUAAGUGCACUAAUUUUCCCAGAUGUUACGUGCCUAUUUUUAAGAGAAAGUAUAAUAAAUAUAACAUUAAGGUUGUGUCCUAAAUUCCAUACUGACAUGCUAGGCUGAAACAGUAUGUGAGAUUUUUUAGUACGUCAAAAAUCUAAGUGUGAAACCAAUAGUAUGUAAAUUGCAUGCCAUUUCCAGUGAAAUGUUACAGUAUGCAAACACUGGACACUACGCCUAAGUUUCCAAAAAUGCAAUGCAGUAGUAACAACAAUGUUCGAAAAAGGACAAACGGACAGCAACCAAGGCAGCUCUGCCACAUUUAAAACUCUUUAAUUUAUAUUUUUACAUAUACAAAUCUGUAAUUUUGUCAUCUGCAACUGUUGGUCUAGUUGCUUACCUUUUUCAGUAAUGUAAGCGUUAUCCUGUGAUGAAGCUAGAGCUGAGGUUGGCCACGGUUAGGCUCACAGGAAGUGACAUUGAUAAUUGCAGCUUAGUGCGUCCAAAAGUUACACACUACUGAUCAUUUACAUAAAAGUAUGUCAGUGUACUGUAAUAGGACAGAGCACACAGACGCUGGAUGUAAACUGUCUUAAAGAAUCACUGAUCUGAAAAACACAGAACAGGGUUAAAAACACCAAAGCUGAGAUAAAAAGUUUUUUUUUUUACUUGUCACAGAAAUAUAAAUAUGUAUUAUAAAAAUGUACUGUACUGCAUUUUCAGACAUCAGUGUCUGAUCUCUCAGGGAUUCAAGAGAGUCAAAAUAUUUUAGCAUUUCCAGUCUCAUCAUAAUGUUCAUGGGGUUUUGUGAUAGCUAGCAGAAGCACAUUUACUGUAUUAUUGCAUUAGGAUGGUAAACAAAAGCUUCGCUAGAAAUGCCAUUUACAGAUAUAAUCACAAUGGGAGAUAUUUUUUAAUCAUUGAAACAAUUAUUCAUAAACCUGUAGUUAUGCUUGUAUUUGCGUGCUGUAUACUUAAGAGGUCCCUAUGUACGCAUAUGUAUCGUUAAGAUUAUAUCCUGUAUGAUAAUUUGAAUGUGUAUUGUUCAGGCUAUGGCGGUUUAAUGUAUAUAUGCAUUGUAUAAAGUGUAUUUUAUCUCCAUUGUUUUAUACCAUAUUAAAUAAGUAGACUCAAAGUCUCAGGCUUAGUGUGCUUGCUCAGGCAGCACGGCUUUCAUUUGAACUGAAACAAUGCACUAUCCCAAUUUCUGAUGUGUGCAUUAUUAUAAGAACACAAAGACAUUAUUCUGAACACGAUGGGCAUGAUGAGCAGGUUAUAGUUGUCAAGUAAAUAUGCAAAUGCAAGACAAUAGCCUUCCGUGUUAUGGUUUGUCUUUGAAUUUCCAGAGUUAUUGUUCCUUUGCAGCUGGGGUAUUUGCAUAAUCAACUCUCAGUUCUUGCUAUUAUGUGCUUCCCCCUAUUUACUGCAGUGUUUUCAUUGCAAUUGGUGCCUUGCCCUAUAGAGCAUCUUGUUUAUGCACAACUGCUGUAUGUGUACAUGUAUUUAUGUUAUUGUACUUCAUGACAAGGUUUUAACAAGAACAGAUAGGCCAUACCAUCACUAAUUAAUUACUGUUGGAGGCCACAGGUCAUUGUUCAUUAUGUUUACAUUGCUUUUUAUAAAGAGACAUGUCUAUGUAUUUCAUAUUGUUUUUACAUUGCUGCACAGCACAUUAAACACUGAAUUAAUUUUAUGAACCAUA